AUGGCGACCAGAUGGCGGGGGAGGCAGGGUUGUCUCAGUGUUUACAGACGUUCUCCACUCUGCUCCCCGUCCUUCAUCGUGAAUGAAUGUGCCGUGGUCAUGGGAGACCCGGAGGAGUGGGGGACCCUGAAAACCAUGGUAGGAAGGGAGGAGGCCAGCGGGGAGACGCAGCCAACAAACAGUGAUAUGACAGUCACCUGUGGACCAUCCAGCAUUGUACUGUCCAUCAAUGCCUGCCCCAUUAAGUAUGCCAUGUUCGAACCUGGAAUUCUGGCCCUUAAUGGGAAACAUACUCUGGGCUAUUGUGUGGGAAGCGUUGAUUCUUCUGUUGAUCCCCCAGUUGUACAUUUUGAAUUUCCAAUCAAUGAUACCACACAAAAUUCAUGUGGAAACGUCAUUACGAUUCAGAGUAGUAUUGGAACUGGAGACUUCCAACAAUUCUCAAAUGUACAGACAGUGGUCAUCUCAGGAUAUGUGGAUACUCCACUGAAUUCAGAAACAGGACUCAUUUCCUACAGUACUAACCUGAACUACAGUUUCUCUUGCUACUACCCACUGCAAUACUUACUGAGCAAUAUUGAGCUGCUAACAUCUUCAGCAAAUGUUGCUGUCAACACAAAUAAUGGCAGCUUCAUCAGCACCUUAAGUAUGCAACUAUACGCUGAUGCAAAUUUCACCAUACCAUUGCAGCUUAAUGGAACCGCUCUUCCACUGAAAAAGAAUGUAUAUGUUCAAGUGGCAGCCACGAAUUUAACUGCCAACUUCAAUGUUCUUCUGGAUGAGUGUUUUGCAACCCCAUCACCACUGGCAACAACUAGUGACAAAUUUGGCCUACUUACUGGGUGUUUUCCGGCAAACAAGACCAAAAUUUUAAAAAAUGGAGAUGGCAAAUCAGCGUCAUUCAAUUUUGAGACAUUCCGGUUCUUGCAGCACGGCGGACUGCCAACAUCAACCAUCUAUGUGCACUGCAUAACAAGGCUGUGUCAACCUCAGACAUGUCAAGAUUAUUUGCAGUCUUGCAAUGGUGCGGUCCCUGCAACCACUGCUGGAGCAAGAAGGAGAAGAGCUGCAGAUGUGGCAGCAACCAGAGGAGCCACCGAACAAGUCACUGUGUCAUCUGGACCUAUCGUCACAAGUGAAGCAGGUGGGUCAGAAGUGAAGCAGCUUGAGGGAACUUUAACUGGACUUAUUGUUGGACUGGUUAUUGCUGUAAUAUUGGGGGCUGCUUUGUCGAUUGCCAGUUUUAUCUUAUAUAAAAUGGCAAAACUUCGGGCAUCUCAGACUGAGAAGAAUGGAGUGGAUAACUUCACCUUCAAUGGAAAAUAA